UUGUUUUGUGUCGCGCAGUUUAGUAAAAAAUCCGCAAAUUUCUUUUAAAAAGUGAAUUUUCCCCCCAAACCGGCCUCAAGAUUGAUUCCCACAUGAUGGUGUCCACGCGGGGCCACAAGUACAAGUUUAUGGAUGGCGAAAAGGUGCUCUGCUACGAGCCGGAUCCCAACAAAGCGCGGGUUCUGUACGAUUCAAAGGUUCUGGAGGUCUGCGAGGGAAAGGACAAACGUGGCCGGUUGAAUGGCAAGAUUGAGUAUCUGAUUCACUUUCAAGGUUGGAACUCUUCGUGGGAUCGGAAGGUUGGGGAGGAUUUCAUUCUGAAGGACACCGAAGAGAAUCGGCAGCUUCAGAAGGACUUGGCGGAAAAGUCCCAGUUGCACCAGGGAACCUACCUCUACCGGAAGGAGCGUAAAAAGCAAAGGGAAAAGAGUUUGACCGCGAGAAUUGAGAGUUUGACGGGGCAUGGAGCGCUGAAGGGACCGAGUUUGUCGGAGGAGGGAAGCUCUUGCAGUAAUGGCUUUAGCCGGGAUGACUCCGAGUUUCAGGUUGACGGGCCAGCGGCGUCAAUUGACGUCGACACGGAGUAUUACAGCAACAGCAGCUCCGUCGAAAGUAACCACGAGGAGGACAAAGUUUAUCUCCAGGUCGGGGACAAGCUGAAGAAGUUUCUCGAGUUUGACUAUCGCAUGAUUUCGGAGGGGACUUUGACGGAGAUUCCAGUUAAGCUUCCGAUCGUUACAAUUUUGGAGAACUUUGUCCGUCACUACACAAUCCGACAACUGUUCGAUUUGGGCCAGGAACAGGCUAAAAUGCGACGACGGAACAGCUUGUUCCAGAAAGGAGACCAGAAAACCAAGGAUUACGAAGCCAUCCGCACCAACGUCGAACUGUGCAAGGAAGUGGCCGAUGGCUUACGACUAUACUUUGACUUUACCCUCAAGGACUACCUUCUGUACCCGCAAGAACGCCAACAGGCCGAGCUGGUCCUCUCUGACGAAUAUCUCUCCAACUUUACCUACAUCGCAUCGCCGAAUCUUUCACUCGAUCUCCUAACAGUCAAGCUGGAAUCUCCCACGGCCGAUCCCGGCACGGACAACGUCGACCCAUCUCUCCCGGGAAGCUUCAACGCCGCCCAGGAAGAAAAGCGUCGUCGCCGGCUCCGCUCCCACAAAAACGAGGAAAACGAAUUCAUGCUGGAACUUGGCUUCAUCAAGCCGGAAACGCUCUCCCCCGGAAAUUCCCAAGCCCUUGCCUUCUCCCUGCUCAAAACGGCCUUCCCCUCGGGCAUAACCAUCACCUACCAGUCCAAAGAAAUCCUCGAGGACGUAUUCGGCUGGAAAAUUCUACCCUCCGACGCCCCCGCCGAACCCUCAAUGCUGUACGGCCCCACCCACCUGGCCCGCAUGAUCGUCAAACUCCCCGAGUUCCUCUCCGUCACGAACAUCGCGGACGAAAAGCUGAAACUGCUGCUGAAAUUCCUCGACUGCUUCUCCGACUACAUCGAGGAGCACGAGGAGUGGUUCGGGCGGCACAAUUACAGCGACAAAACGACGGCCUCCUGCAUCCGGAUCAAGGAGGAGAACCUGGACGACGGAAUGAUUGCCGGGCCGCUGCUGUCGGACGUGAAGGUCGAGGAGACGGCACUGAUGUGAGUUUGUCUCCGGCGGGAAUAAAGUGAUGCAUUUUAUGGAAA